GAUGUUGUGUUUAUCUGACGCUCAGAGUGGGUCUUCUGUCUCUCACACGAUCUUUGCGGCGCUUCAGCCAUCUUCACGAACACAUUCUGUCACGUUUCAGUUAAAAACCGGAACCGGGUCCACACUGAGCGGGUCCAGACUGCCUCCGGGUCCAGGUCCGGGUCCGGGUCCGGGUCCUCCACAUGUGCAGCUGCAGCAGCGGUCAAACCAACGGGUCGUGUCCGUGAGAAGGUACAUUCCAUCACUUUUUUUGUUUCCUUCAGAGAAGACCAGAGUGAGCUGUUGAACAGAACCAGAACCAGAACCCAGCACAACCAGAAGCAGAACCCAGCACAACCAGAAGCAGAACCCAGCACAACCAGAAGCAGAACCCAGCAGAAGCAGAACCGUCCGCCUUAAAGCCAGUCGAACCGGGUCACAUGUCCAUCAGAGCAGCUUUUCCCUUCAGUUCCAGCUGUGAUUGAGUGAAGCAUCAUGGGAGGUGGCAGAUGGGCGAGCCAACCGUGGGCCGAGCAGUGACACGCAAACAAACGCACAAACAAACACACCAUGGAUCAAGGCUUCAGCAUCCAGACGCUGAAGAAGCUGGCGGCAGAGCCCGACUACACGGAUGUGUCGCUGACGGCGGCGGAGCGAGUGCGAGCACUGGGGAAGAUGGGCUGCAGCGUGGAGAUCAAUGACGACAUCGCGCCGCGUCGCUACUUCCGCUCGGGCGUGGAGAUGGAGCGCAUGGCGGCGGUCUACCUGGACGAGGGCAGUCUGGAGAACGCAUACGUCCUCUACACCAAGUUUAUCACGUUGUUUGUGGAGAAACUGCCGACUCACAGAGACUAUCAGCAGUGCAGCAUCCCCGAAAAACAGCUGAUCAUGAAGAAACUUCAGGAAGUAGCGUUUCCCCGUAAGGAUGAGCUGAAAAAGCGUCUCCAGGAGAAAUACAGCAGGGAACACAGCGAGUACCUCAGAGCCCAGAGCCAAUCGGUGGUGGUGGAUGGAUGUGGCCAGCAGCUGCAGCGCCUCUCCCUAUUGGACGAGGAUAGGAGGCGGUUCCUGCUGUUGGAGGAGGAGCGGCAGCGUGUCGCCGCUCUGCGACGGAUGCAGAUUGAAUCGGAACAGUUCCGAUACUUCGAGGACCAGCUGAGGCGUCAAGAACUGGCCAGUCGCAGAGGGGAGGAGGCGGAGCCUAAGGUGGUGAUCAAAGUGCCUGAGGUGACAGACGGCUCCUGUCUGUCCCAGCAGCCAAUCAGAGAAGGUGUGAGGUUGCAGGGGGCGGACCCGAACAGGAACAGGCCGUCGGCUCCUGUUAGCCAACCGGCCGCCACGCUGGCUGGCGUCCACACCCAGCGGGUGGAGGGUCUGCGGCGGGUGGUCAUCCCCAGAGACCUGACGUACCGUUUCCUCCUCCUCGCCGACUCCAACACCGCCAAAGGCAUCGAGACCUGCGGCGUCCUGUGUGGACGACUGACCCAUAAUGAGUUCCUUCUGACCCACGUGGUCGUCCCCAAACAGUCGGCCGGUCCAGACUUCUGCGACAUGGAGAACGUGGAGGAGCUGUUCAGCUUCCAGGACCAGCAGAACCUGCUGACGCUGGGCUGGAUCCACACCCACCCCACCCAGACGGCCUUCCUCUCCAGCGUCGACCUCCACACCCACUGCUCGUAUCAGCUGAUGCUGCCAGAGGCCGUCGCCAUCGUCUGCGCCCCCAAACACAACGACUCUGGUGUGUUCCGCCUCACUGCUCCAGGCAUGUGUGAAGUCUCCUCCUGUCGUCUGAAGGGUUUCCAUCCUCACUCUAAGGAUCCUCCUCUGUUCACGGUGUGCAGACACGUGGUUCUGAGGGACUCCAUGGUCAGCCUGUUGGACCUCAGGUGACAGCCAGGGGGCGCCGAUGAUGCGUUUACUGCCAACUGUGAACCUGCCUCUGUGUGCGUUUGGAUUGAAACUUGAAUUGUGUUCGAUGUUUUCUGCAGUUUUUCAUUCCGUUCCUGUUGAAGUUGUUGCUGCUCGCUCUAUUUAAAGAUGUAAACCUGUGAUUUUUUUUUUUUUUUUUGGAUGAUUGUUUUUUCCGGAGUUUACCGGAGUCUCCUCAGCUUCAGGUUCAGCUGUGGUGCGUUCAAGUGCUGUCGGACAGAGUGCCUUCUCAUAAACUCACACGGACAUUUCUGUCGGCUCAUCGGUCGAGAUUUACAGGA